AUGGCAGACACAUCAAUUGACCACGCCUCGCACCUCGAAAAGGGCCUUGCUGGUGGAGGCUCACCACCGACUUUCGCCCAUCUUGACCGCACCCACACAGCCGGCGGGCACGUCAACGACCGCUCGCAGCCCGGGUUGCCUGUUGUGCAUCGGACCUUCGCGAAUCCGUCGCCAUUGGGGCUGUUGUCUUUUGCUACGGGCAUCUUCCUCGUCUCAGCGCUCGGCCUCCACGCCCGCGGCGUCGAAACACCGAAUGUCCUGCUCGGCGUGCUGAUCUUCUUCGGUGGAUGCGGACAGUUCCUUGCAGCGAUUAUGGAGUUCUUCACGGGGAAUACGUUUAGCGCAACGCUCUGGGCGUCUUACUCCGCAUUCAACUUCUCCUACGCCAUGAUCUACAUCCCGGGCACGGGCAUAUUAGCUGCAUACACGGACGUUGAGACGGGCGCACUGAAUCCUGAAUUCAACCAGGCGGUCGCGAUAUAUCUAUGGGCAUGGUUCAUCGUGAACACACUCUACGUUAUCGCGGCAGUCAGGAGUUCCUGGGUGCUGUUCAUUGAUCUGGCCAUUCUGAGUCUGGGAUUCUUGCUCCUGGCGGUUGCGUAUAUGACUGGUGAUCAGGAUGUUAUGACUGCUGGGUACUCGGUCCUGAUGAUCACUGCGGGAAUUUCUUACUGGGCGGGCUGUGCUGGUCUCUGGGCUGGUGGGACGACGCCGAUUAACUUGCCCAUGUUCCCGAUGUACAAGGAGCAUCAGUAG